AGAGCUCCAUUGUUGUUAGUGGCUGGUGCGGAGUAAUAGCCAUCCGAAAUGGAGAAGUCGGAAAACUCUGGACGAUUGUUUGAGUUGGAUCCUUGGACAAGCUUGCCGAGAGUACCAUACGGCACGUCUUCGGUCCGCUCAUACUGCUUCACGGUAACAUCAGAAGGCGCAGCAGGAGUACACCGCCGUGGUCGGUCACAGCCACCGGGUACCCUGGCCUUGGCGGGCAGUCCCUUCGCCUCGAGUGGCCGCAUUAACGGCGAGCCUUCGCUUACUCCUCGGGUCAUGUGAGGGUGAGUGGACACACGAGCAGGUUGCUGAGUCUGCAAUACGUGGUCCAGCGCGAGUAGCGGAGUCAGCACUGUGUCCAGAAACUCUGGUAUACUGGUGAAGCCAAGAG